AUGAACAAAUUAAUUGGCUUCACUAGGAGUUUUUCCAGUUCCAAUUCAUUAAAUGCCAUUAAAACGGUUACGGUUAUUGGUGGAGGGCUCAUGGGAAGUGGGAUUGCCCAGAUUUCAGCCCAGGCAGGACAAAAUGUAACAAUAGUAGAUUUAAAUUCGGAAACCUUACAAAAAGCCCUUAAAUCAAUUGAAAAUAAUUUGACAAGAGUUGCCAAGAAAGUUCAUAAGGAUGAUGUGGCUAAAAUUGACAGUUUUGUGAAGGAUUCCCUAGCUAGAAUAAAAACAUCCAUUAAGAUUGAAGAUGGGGUAAACUCUGAUUUGAUUAUUGAAGCUGUAGUAGAACAAUUGGAUGUGAAACAACAGCUUUUUAAUAAAUUAGAUGAGCUAGCUCCACAGCAUACAAUCUUGACAAGUAAUACAUCAUCAAUUCCUAUCAAAGCAAUUGGUUCUGGAAUUAAAAGGAAGGAUAGACUUGGCGGCCUUCAUUUCUUCAACCCUGUGCCAGUUAUGCGUCUCAUUGAGGUGAUCAAAGGUGACGACAUGUCAGAAGAAACUCACCAAACCUUAAUGGAAUGGGGCAAGUCUGUGGGCAAGACUUGUAUCACCUGUAAAGAUAGACCUGGAUUUGUGGUUAACAGAUUAUUAGGACCCUACAGUGCCGAGGCUUUAAGAAUGUAUGAAAGAGGUGACGCCUCGAUGGAAGAUAUAGACAUUGGCAUGAAGCUUGGUGCAGGUUACCCGAUGGGACCUUUUGAAUUGUGCGACUACACGGGACUGGAUACCAACAAACACGUCAUGAGUGUCCUUUACGAGAUGACCAAGGAGGAAGUCUUCAGACCCGUUGCACUGUUAGACAAAAAGGUGGCUGAAGGAAAGCUUGGCGUGAAGUCCGGAGAGGGAUUUUAUAAAUAUAAAAAAUAA